UUUAUCUUGCAGAUGAAUUCUCUACAUCAGAUAAGACUGGGCCAGCCGUUGAUUCUAAAUUAGCCACCAUGGUGGAGGAACUGGUUAAAGAAAAGCUACCCAAGUCAAAACUCGACGAUUUGAUGUCAAAAUAUCUUCGACCAGAAAAUUGCAAAUUGCUGGUCAAUAGAGCUGUUUGGAAUCAGUUAAGCCAGAAUACCAAAGCCACAGAUAGGGCUUUUCAAAAGUCUCAACAGUAUUUUAUUACUGCCAUGUAUGCCAUGAUGUCUGCCUGCGAGAAGGCAACAGGAGAGAUGAAGUCUGUUCUUGCACACUCUUUAGUUCUUGCCUUGGCAGGUAAUCGAGAACUGAACCUUCGCCGGUGGGAGUCCUUAAGGCCUGAAUUGAAUUCGCAGUUUGCUUCGCUUUGCAACCCUACUACGCCGAUUACAGAUCAACUGUUUGGGGAUGACAUUGGAAAAGAAAUUGACGAGGUAAAUAAGGCAAACAGGCUUUCAAAGAAAAUGUCAUCCAAGAGAGGCAGUCGUAAAGGUUAUCACCCCUACAACAGCCAAAGCCGGCAAAGAUCCUCUUCAUCUUCAAGAGAUGGCAGAGCUUAUGGCUCAAGGUCUUUUUUAGGAGAGAGAGGCUCCUACCGCAGGAGGGGAGGAGCCAGACAAUGUUUUGUCAUUCACCUAAGCAUGUCUAUAUUCAAUCCUACACAGUCAUUAGAGUUUUUGGGUUUCGUGUUAAAUUCUGACACCAUGACAGUUUGUUUUACCCCAAGGAAGAUUGAGAAAAUUGUCCUUAUGUGUCAAAAGUAUUUAUGUGGACAGGCAUAUACCAUUCGGGAAGUUGCAUCUUUGAUAGGAACUUUGGUAUCAACAUUUUCUGGGGUGGAGUUUGGCCCGCUGUAUUAUAGAAAUUUAGAAUGA